CUCCCGAAAGAAGAGGGCCAGAAAGGAGUUGGCCGUCGGGACCUACAAGAUUGAGGUCGAGUACCCUGUAAAGGGUGGUGUUUUCAAUGACGCCGUCGAUGGCCAUGACGUGCUUGCCCAAGCUGUCCCGGUCGAGGACUGGGCUUAUUUGAAGAAGCUUGGCCCCGUCAGGAUUUAUGACGGCGGGAUGGACCUUGUCGUCCAAGGGGCCCUUAUGCUGAUGGAGAGCCAUAAAAGGGAGGAACAAGAGAUUGCUCGACUGAAAGAGGCUGAGAAAAAAGCUGCUUCGGCCGAGGAGGCCAUGGCCUGCCUGGACCGGCUCCGGGACGAAGUGGGGGCCCUGAAGAAGAGGGUCGAUGAGGCCAAUGAGGCCUAUCUUCAGGUGGCAGCCGAUAGAGAUGACGCCCUGAGAGUUAAGGAUGAGGCACUAAAGGGUCGCGAUGAGGCCCUGCUCCGAGCCGAGGACGCCACGAAGGCUCAAGCUGAAGCCGAGAAGGCUGCUGAUGUCGCAGUCGAGAAAUUUCUGGCCGAAGGGUGAAAGGAAGAAGACCGUCGGCCCUGAUGCUAAGAGGUUGUGGCGGACCGGCAAGAAGAUUGGGGCCAGAACUGCCCUGCCGGCCAAGACUACUUCCAAAGGGAGAUGUCUGUCUAUUACGACAUGGGCCAGCAGCGAAUGCAGCGGCUGAUCUACCAGAGGCUGCAUCGUGCUUUUAAAAAGCUAAAGCUUACCCAGAAAUGGGCCAAGAAGAAUUUGAAGCUUCCCAGGGUGAUGAAGAACCCGAAGGCUGAAGCGAAGCUCCCCCCUUCUGAGAGGCAGGACCCGAUACUCAGCUCCUCCAUCGGUGAGCCGGAUUGGUCCGAUGACGAUGCCUUGGCCGAUACCGCUGUCUCCGCAGUAGCCGAGGCCAGUGCAGAUGUGGGGACGGAGGAGGCACCGAGGCUGCUGUUGAGCAAGCCGAUGGGGGGCUGGUUGCUGAUGAAGUCGCCCCAGAGAACUGAUCGACUGACUUUUCCUUUUGUGUAGUUCAGUAGUUUGGGCAGGUGCUAUAGUGCCUUUAUUUUGUAAUGGCCGUUGUGCCCCCUUUGUACUUCUCCUUUGAUGAAUGAAAAUAUAUUUCUCUUUCGGCUUUAAUGUUUAU